AUGGAAGAAGAAGAAGAUGCAACGAUAUCAAGAAUCAUCACUGACCUCGAAGAAACCCUAAAUCAAAACCCAACCAGUCCCAUCUCUCAUUCCACUCUCCUCGAUCUCCAAUCUCUGUUAAACACAAAUGACCCCGACCUCAUCUUCCGAUUUUUCGACCAACUUCCUUCCAGAAACCUCUCCGUGUCCUCCCUCAUCAAUCCGAUUUCAUCCGUCAUGGACGGGGGUCCCACCAACCUGUCCCUCUUGGGUUCCAAAGUUUACCUUUCUCUGCUUCUCUCUCCAAACUCCCCUGUUUUCACGCUCUUCACGCCCAUGGCAUUUCUCUCUCUCCUCCGCUCCAUCCGCCGCUCUCUCAAGCAUCCACAACCCGCGUCAAAUGGUGGGCCCCAGGUGACAGUUACUCGAAAGAGAAAGAGUGGUGGGAGGACCCGGGCGUCGAAGAAUAUAACGAGAAGUUCGGAUGAAUUUAACCAGGACGAUAGCGAAUAUGAUGGAAGGACAUUGUUUAUAGUACUCGAGAAGUUGGAAUCUGCUAUGAGUUUAAUUUAUUUGAACCGAUUUUCUGACAGUUUGAAAUCUUUGAUACAAAUGGUUGCUGAAAUUCCGGUUCUGUCGCUUGAAUUGGGUGGUUAUAAUGGAUUGACUGAUUUGUGUUCCAGGAUUUUGAGUAGGUUGCUGAGAAGUGAACACGGUGAUGUGGCAAGAACAGCUGCGGAGGUGUUGAAGUCGUUGACAUCGUUGAUUUUAAUGGGUAAAUCUCAAGCGAGGACUUUUGCAUUGGGGUUUUUGAGGGGUAAAAUGAUGGCUGCGGCUAAAGAGAGUGAGGGGGUGAAAAAAGCAGUACUGAAUUUGCCAAAGUACUUGGCAAACAAAGCGCCGGAGAAGGCUGAGCCGAGGGGAUUAGCUGUGGAGGCGAUAAUAGAGAUUGUUAAAGCAAUGGAGUUUGAGGAUCAAGUUGCGUUUGUUGAAUAUACAGUGAAGAUGAGUCAAGGGAAGGAUAAUCUUAGAUUGAUAGCAGUUGAUCUUAUAUUGAUAUUAAUGAUGUCGUUGAGAGAUCCGUUAAGCGUGGAUUUGGAUGGUGCAGUUGAAGAUUCUUGGGGUUUGAGUUGUUUGGAGGCUUUGAUUCGGCGUUGUUCAGAUUCUAGUGCUGCAAUACGAGCUCGAGCUUUGUCAAAUUUGGCUCAGUUGGUGGGGGAUUUUAUUAGUAAUGAAAAAAAUAAGGAGGUUUUGAAGAAAGUAAUGGGGUUUCGAGAAGGUGAAAUGAAUAGCCUUUUAAGGAAAAGAUGUAUGGAUGAAAAGGCCGCCGUUAGAAAGGCUGCACUUCUGCUAGUUACCAAGUUGACAGGUCUUUUUGGUGGUUCAGUAGAUGGAAUUUUGCUCAAGACGCUGGGCAUGUCUUGUUCUGAUCCUCUUGUUAGCAUCAGGAAAGCAGCAAUUUCAGCUAUUUCGGAGGCUUUCAGAACAUUUUCAGAUGAAAGUGUGACUGCUGAGUGGCUACAUUCUGUUCCGCGUUUAAUAACUGACAAUGAAACUAGCAUUCAAGAAGAAUGUGAGAAGUUGUUCCUGGAACUGGUCUUGGAUCGAGUAUCUAGAGCUGGAUCUUCUGGUUCCACUCUCCAUGACUCAAAUGUGAAGGAAAAAAGUAUAGAAAGGGAGAUUGAGCUGUUAUUUCCUGAGGGGGCCUUGGGUCUUUUGAAAGAGAUCUGUAACGGGGAGGUGACACCUUGGGUGAAGAAAAUCUGCACCAGCCUGGGAAAGAAGAAAAGACUGAAGCCCAAAAUUGCCAUAGCCCUUCAGAACAUUAUAAGAUCAUCUGAAUCUGUCUGGUUGAGCCAUUCCAUGCCAAUUGAGAAGUGGACAGCCCCACCUGGUGCUUGGCUUCUUCUAUCAGAGGUAUCAGCAUACCUUCCAAAAGCAGUGGACUGGGAGUUCCUUCAUCACCAUUGGCAGCUUCUUGACAAGUAUGAAGCAGGAGAUGAAUUUAAAAGCCCACUUAUGCUAAGAGAUGAGCAAGAAGAUGAAGAGGGAAUAGUAUCCAAUUCUGUUUCAUGGGCUGGUGAUCGUGUUUCCCUCCUUCAAACAAUCUCUAAUGUUUCUGUGGAGCUGCCUCCAGAACCUGCUGCAGAUUUAGCUCAUAACUUACUUAAGCGGAUUGAAGGAUUCAACAUGCACUCAACAGAGGUUAAUGCUCACGUAAAAGCUCUUAGAACAUUGUGUAAACGGAAGGCUUCUAAUGCUGAAGAGUCUGACAUGCUUGUCUUGAAAUGGGUGCGCCAACUUCUCUCCAAAGCUUCACAAAUUUUAGAAAAAUACAUUUCAGAGAAUUCAGAAGAAAAUAAAAAUAGCAGUUUCUUUACUCCCCCCAAACAUAGUAGAAAGGGCAAGAAAGCAGUGGCCAUGUCCAUAUCAUUGUCAGAAGCAGUCACUGCAGUUUAUACUAUUGGGUCCUUGGUUAUAGUCUGUCCCACUGCUGAUAUGAGCUCUAUUGUUCCUCUAUUAUACGCCAUCAUUACUUCAGGGAAUUCUGGUCCAAAAUUGAAUAAAUUACCAGGCUCAUCAGUCUCUACAAAGCAGAUAGCUCCUUCAUUGUAUAUUCAAGCAUGGUUGACAAUGGGGAAGCUGUGCCUUGCGGAUGGCAAACUUGCAAAGAGUUAUAUUCCACUGUUUGUGCAGGAGCUUGAAAAAAGUGAUUGUGUGGCCCUUCGCAACAAUAUUGUAGUAAUGAUGGCAGAUUUUUGUGUUCGUUAUACUGCUUUGGUUGAUUGUUAUAUAGCAAAGAUUACUAUGUGUCUCCGGGAUCCAUGUGAACUUGUAAGAAGGCAGACAUUUAUACUACUGUCAAGAUUAUUACAGAGGGACUACGUGAAGUGGAGAGGCGUGCUCUUCCAUCGAUUUCUUCUGUCUCUGGUUGAUGAAUCAGAAAAGAUUAGACAACUUGCUGAUUUUCUUUUUGGGAAUAUUUUAAAAGCCAAGGCUCCACUUCUAGCUUACAACAGUUUUGUGGAGGCUAUAUUUGUCCUAAAUGAUUGCCACGUCCAUAAUGGUCUCAAUGACUCCAAGGGUUCACAAACAGAGCGCCGAUUAUUUUCCAUCAGAGGAAAUGAUGAAAGGUCCAGGUCUAAAAGAAUGCAUAUCUAUGUUUCUUUGCUUAAGCAAAUGGCUCCAGAGCACCUUUUAGCCACCUUUGCAAAGUUAUGUGCUGAGAUUCUUGCAGCUGCUUCGGAUGGCAUGCUCAACACAGAAGAUGCCACUGGACAGUCUGUUCUUCAGGAUGCUUUCCAAAUUCUUGCCUGCAAAGAGAUUCGAAUUACUCCCACACGCAGGUCAGCAUCGGAAGCUGGAGAAAUAGAGGAAGAAGCCGGAGAUACGGGAGCAUCUUCAGCUGCUGCUAAAGGAAGAGCCAUAACACAAGCAGUGAGAAAAGGGCUCAUCCAAAACACCAUCCCCAUUUUCAUAGAACUUAAAAGGCUACUAGAGAGCAAGAACAGCCCCCUCACAGGCUCACUAAUGGAAUGCCUUAGAAUUCUCCUCAAGGACUAUAAAAACGAGAUUGAUGACAUACUGGUUGCUGAUCGGCAGCUCCAGAAAGAACUCAUUUAUGAUAUGCAAAAGUAUGAAUCAGCCAAGGCUGCUGCAGCUGUUGCCACGUCACCUGCCCUCUCAAAGAGGCGUAGUAAUUUGGCUACAAAAUUGCAAACUGACUCUAGAGUGGCUUCAGCAAUGGCAGAUGCGGCAGCUGCAGCCACCGCUCGGUCUGUGCUCAAGGAAGUUAACACUCAAACACCACCACUCAGUGCAAUGAGUGUGCCUAAACUCAAGACUGCCCAGGGACAGGGAGGAACCACAGCUCGACAUGACAGGCCUUUACAUGUAUUAGAGUCUUUGAGAAGUAGAAAAACUUUUGAUUCAGAUGAAGAAAACUGAUGUCUUUAGAAAUACAUUUAUUCAUCCGGGUUCUGUUUUUAGCUCUAAAACAGGCUUCCAACUCUCCGUUAUGUAUAACAUUACACAAAUAU